AAAGGUCCUCGUUACUCAUGGACAUGCCACCUGAUAAUCCAGUGUUAUCGAUCAGACACAUGAGAGGAAGAAAAUCUCCACCAAGUCAAUAUUCGUUCGAGGUCAAAUCCUUCUCAUUGCUUGCGAAGGCCUCAAUAGAAAAAGUAACCUCAGAAGAAUUUGAAGCUGGGGAUUGUAAAUGGAGUCUCUCAAUAUACCCCACCGGGAACAAAAGGAGAGCAGGGGAAGGCCAUGUUUCCAUUUACUUGGCGCUUACAGAUCCAAGUUCGUUACCUCUUGAUUGGGAGGUUAACGCCAUUGUCAACUUUUCUCUCUAUAAUUUCCAAGAGGACGAAUAUGCCACAACACAAGAUGCAAGCACUAGGCGUUUCCAUGUCCUGAAAACAGAAUGGGGCAUUGCAAAAUUUAUUGACCUUCACACAUUUUACGAUUCUUCAAACGGAUACUUGAUUGAAGAUACCUGUGUUUUUGGAGCUGAGGUUUUCGUUGUCAAGACCACAAACAAAGGGGAUUGUUUAUCAAUGAUAAAAGAACCUGCUACUCUUUCCCAUAGUUGGAAGUUCAACAACUAUUCCAUAGCAAAUCUAGACAAGUACGAGUCCCCGCCGUUUCUCGCCGGAGACUAUAAAUGGAAGAUUCGUGUAUACCCGAAUGGAACACUUGAGGGUAAGGGCAAUAGCAUUUCAAUGUUUUUAGCACUAGACACAUCAACUCUCCCACCCAAUGCUAAAUUGCUUAUGGAUUACACUGUGCGUGCAAAAGACCAAAUUGGUGGGCACCAUGCUGAAGCAAAAGCUUGUUGUAAGUUCUCCCACUCGAGUGCCGCGUGGGGCUCCAGACAGCUUGUAGCAUUGGCUAAAUUUAAAGACCCAGGUAGUGGAUUCUUGGUGGGUGAUAGCUGCAUUCUUGAAGCUGAAUUCAGAGUUCUUGGCUUAAUCAAUCCUCUAACUGGUAUUAUAAUAUGA